GCUCUACGAGUCUCCCGGCGGUAAGAAAAUCUCGGCUCAAGGCGCUUGACAGUUGAUCCCCUCUGCCUGGGUAACCUCCAGUGGGAUCGAGUGCGCGUCAGGGAGUCACACGUUUGUCGCCUAGAGUGAUAUUGCACUGCCAUUUAUUUGACACGUUUGAUCGCCUUGAGUGGUCUUCAAUUGAUUUGUUUCACACGUUUGUCGCCUAGAGUGAUAUUGCGCUGCCAUUCAUUUGACACGUUUGAUCGCCUUGAGUUGUCUUCAAUUGAUUUGUUUUGCUGGGUGCUUCCGAGGCAGUCUCAGCAAUCUUUCGUUAUGCCACACGUACGGAGUGCAAGUGCUCGCAUUAUGCGUCGGGCGCUGGCUGUUCAAAACGGAUACUGUGUGCAUUUACCUAUUCGUUUGCCUCUGGAUGGUUUGGUGCCACCUACGUGUCUCCCACCACCAGGGCUGGAGCGGGCGACUGCCGAUUUGGUUCUAGAUUAUCUCUUGUUGCGCGAUCCACCUGUUGUUAAACGCAGUUUGGAGGAGGAGGAGGAGGCUGACAUUAAGACUGUUUCGGAGAAUCUUUCUUGCCGUAUGCAGGCUUCUGAAUCGCUGGUUGAUGUUGGAGUGCAGACGGUUGAUGUUGCGGACUUUCAUUGUGAAGUCGGCUGUCAGACAGAUAGUGUCGUUGGGAUGGAGGGAGGAGCUUCAGGAGUUCUUCUUGGGAAAGUGACUGUGGCGGCGGAGGAGGAGCUGGAGGCACCCUCGAGUGCGGAGUCUUCUCCGAACGUGCAGUCUGAUUCUGAUAGCCGCGCCUUGUCAGGAGCGUCCCAGGGGUGUCUGAAUCGCCCCGUCACGCUCAAUGAGGUAUCGAAGGAGUCGCGCCAGAGGACUCGAGGGAGAGAUCGUGACAAGGUCAAGGGGACAUCGACGUGCUCUCAGGCCACCAUUGCCGAUGUCAAAGCGUGGAUUGACGCUGUUGCCAGCAUCAACGAGUUGAAUGCGAUCCAGUAUUUAAAGAACGGAAUGGAUUUGUUUGAUAAGCUGGUGACAGAACGUGGGUUCCCUACAAAGAAGGCCCAAAAAGAUUAUGCUCGGAAACUGUAUGAGAUGCUCCAGAAUGUGCAAGCGACGCUGGAGGAUCUUCUAGGAUUCUUCGAGGUGCACAGGUUCUUGACAGGACACCGCGCCGAGAUGGCCAAGUUUCUUGAGGUUUCCAAGUGCAGCGAUUACCGAAUAAUAUUCUUCGGACGCCCGAGGAGUUUCGACAAGUUGGGAUGAAGCUAUUCGUGCGCACUUGUAUGCAACUUUCGGUUUAGAACAGCGAAGGCUGUAAUGCUUGUAUCUCACCUGUUCUUGUUUUCCUCACUUUAUCUCUCUGUUUGACCUCUCGCUGGAGCCAUGAUGGCUCUACGGCCCGCUGUGGGCCCCACUGAGCGCUUCAGGUGUGUAAAGGGCAGGAGCCCCUC